AUGGCAGUGCACAAAAGGCAUCACUUCCUCCUCCUCCUCCUCCCGCUGUACGGUCCUGAAGUAAUUUUUGGCCAGUGCGCAAUGACUUGUCCACUAGCCAAACGCCAUUCCAUAUCGCUGAGGAAACAUCUCAUUGGUGCCUUCCCCUCACUCCUCUCUUUGUCAACCGGUCUCUUUGAGAUUUCACUCUGGUUCAUGUGGUUUGAAGAGCCUCCGACCUGGGUGAACUCGUGUUGCGCACUCCUCGCUCGAUGUGGCAAAAUUCGUGGUGGUGGUGGUUGUGGUGGUGAUCAAGUCAUGGUUCGACUUCUAGGACUUGGUAACGAUGCGAUCCACCCAACUCGGACUGUAGUAGUUGUCGCUGAACAGCACUGCAUUCGGCAACUCUCCCGUCUUGGCAGUGUCGUUGGGGAGGAGGUGCAAAUCACAUUGCGAGUCGGUGGCACAGGAGCUGUUCGAUGCAAGCAGUGCAUCGACCACACUUUGGUGUCUCAGUCGAUACUUGUCAUGGAGUGUAUCAUGCACAAGUUGCAAUGCCUUCAAAGGGAGACGAGUUGCAUUGUCGUUUCCUCAUCCUCCUCCUCCUCCUCCUCCUCCUCCUCCUCCGUGGAGGCGAAGCAAACAGUGGAGAGGGUGGAAGAUGUGAGAGGAGGAAAAGAGUGCACACACCUCCCCAAUCACAUCUCUUUCACUCCAUCUGUCCAACCCUCCGCCCACUACUUUCCUGACAAAUCGACUGCAAAUGUAUUCUUUCCUACCACCUACGUCUGCACAUCUGCCUAUAGGCAGCCACAUUGUGAGGGCAUUAAACCUGCUGAUUCUUUUGAGUUGGACGAGAUGCUGCCACACGCGUGA